AUGUCUUACUUUGGAGCUGUCCUGGUGAGCCAAAUCACCUCCAGAUGUUGUCCAGAUACUUUGUCUUUCUUUGGAGCUGUCCUGGUGAGCCAAAUCACGUCCAGAUGUUAUCCAGAUACUUUAUCUCUUUGUCUUUCUUUGGAGCUGUCCUUGUUAGUCAAAUCACCUCCAGAUGUUGUCCAAAUAUUUUCCACUUUGUCUUACUUUGGAGCUGUCCUUGUUAGCCAAAUCACCUCCAGAUGUUAUCCAAAUACGUUAUCUCUUUGUCUUUCUUUGGAGCUGUCCUGGAUUAAAGGUGGCCAGGUCCAGAGAAUGGGGAACAUAUUUGCUAAUCUGUUUAAAGGCCUUUUUGGCAAGAAAGAAAUGCGCAUCCUAAUGGUUGGUCUUGAUGCUGCUGGAAAAACAACAAUCUUAUACAAGUUAAAGUUAGGAGAAAUUGUCACUACGAUUCCCACUAUAGUGUUCCCCUCACAUUUUAUUCUGUGUAAAGAUUUAAACCAUAAGGAAGCUUACAAGAUUGUUAAUGUUUCACUUAAGUUCAUUUCCCAAAUACGCUUCUUGGUUUUAGGUCUCAUAUUUGUAGUCGACAGUAAUGACAGAGAACGAAUUGGAGAAGCUAGGGAAGAAUUGAUGAGGAUGUUGGCUGAAGAUGAACUGAGAGAUGCUGUUCUUCUCAUUUUUGCCAAUAAACAGGAUCUUCCAAAUGCCAUGAAUGCAGCAGAAAUUACAGACAAACUAGGCCUUCAUUCGCUGAGGAAUCGUAACUGGUACAUCCAGGCCACAUGUGCUACCAGUGGAGAUGGAUUGUACGAAGGACUUGACUGGCUCUCUAACCAGUUAAAAAAUCCAAAAUAAAGAUCUAUCAACCAUAUUACUUUUUGUUGCCGGUUUGAAAACCAGUUCUAUCCAGCAGAGGGGUUGACCUAGACAUUUUGUCAAACCCCUUGAAAAUAUUGUAUUUAUAAAAGAAUGAUUCACCUAGCCACACUACACAAAAUUCAGUUUACAUUGAACCUUACUUGCCUGCAGUUUAACCAGCUGGGCAGGUCUCACAGCCCUGGUUAUAGAGUUCUUCAUUAUUCCAGAACUAAGACUUUGUAGUAUUUCAAUAUUUUAUUGUUAUAAUUAGCUUGCCCAUUACAUUCCAAGGAAAUGUGCCAGUUGUUUGGAUAAGGAAAGAAACGUGUAACUACUAGUUGCGUUUAAGGUAUUGUUCAGCUAAUGAACAAAAUAAGUUUAUUUGUUUGAAGAAUGAUGAUGUUGUAUAUAGCUGAGAAAAACGAGUCAUUUCCUUAGUUCUACAGAUGUGUAUAAAGUUACUAUUGUUUUGUUUUUCACAGCUUCUUGUUUACAAAAGCACUGUUGUCACUGGCAUGAUUGAAGGAAGUGAUCCAUCUGGGACUCACUCGUUCAUAGUGUAGUCUGAGUUAGUGUGUGUGUGUGUGUUAUUAAUUCUUUGAUUUGUCUGUACAUCAGAAAUAAUAAAACAUUACGAACGUG